ACAACAACAACAACAACACCGCCCACAACAACAACCACAACAACAAGGAGAACAACAACAAGGCGAACAACAACAAGGAGACCGCCAUGCCGUCCUAAGCCAUGGUGGCCAAACAGGCCAUGCGGACCCGGCGGUCGGCCCUGCCUUGGAUGCCCGCCCAGAGCACAGCUUUGCGUCCAGCUGCUGUCACAGCUGAAGAGCCUUGAGCGCAAGAUCAGGAAGUGCGUCUGCGGCCAGUCACUUUACCUCUUGCCUUAAAGCAAAGAUUGACCCAUUAUUGUGACCGAUAACACCGACCGUUGGCUACUACCAUUUGAAUGCUGUGAAUGGAUUUACAUUUGGAUUCGUUGAUUAAUUUUUUAACGAUUGUUAAAUUUUUUUUUAUCUACUUUAAAUUAUAUACAUAUUUUGUUGCAUUGA